CGGAAGUCCGGAACCAUCUGUAUAGGGGUGGACCAGGAUCGGACCAGAACCUUCUGUAUAGACGGGAACCAGACAGGUACCCAGAACAUCUCAUUUCGGGUAGGGGCUGUUUAGAACUAGAAACCAGUGGAAACCAGCCUAUGUCAACUCCUACGCUCAUCUAUUCCUCACUCAAUUCCUAUUAUAAAGUAUAAUAAUCAUGAAAAGAGUUGAAGGAGCAACAACAACUAAAAGUAAGCACAUGACAGAAAAAACUAAUAUGUAAUGAGCAAGAAUUGCAUUAUUAUAUUUAUAUACGGAGGAUGGUUGUUGGUGUAUUCAGCCCAAAACCAGAGAAGCGUGUUUUCUCCAUUACCCAACAAGGCAAUAACAUGUAUGAAAUCUGAAUAGAUGAUUCUUAAAGAAUUACCUAGCCCAAAUUGUAUCAAGAUGAUCAGUAGUGAUGCUGAAAAGAAAAACAGGGUGUUGAAAGGGUUAUUGAUUUUUGCAAUGAUCCGAACCGUUUGAAAAGUCACCUUACAUGUUACUACGUACUCCGUAUUAUCUUAAAACCUAAUUGUGCUGAACUGGUUGAAAAGCCACACUAUAGGUAAUCAUUUACAUGAAUACAUAAGACAGUGAGUUUAGUUCUUAGUGUUGUUUCACUUAGUUGAACCACAACAACUCAAUCAUGAAUUCAUAGUGAUCCACCCAACUAACCAAGUUUGAAUCAACUUUGCGAUAACAUUUUCAAUAGCAAAGUGAAACUGAAGUUAAAUAGCAAGGAAUUUGCAACAAUUAACUAUUUUGCCAUUUUCACAAGGUGACAUAAGUAGUACAUAAUCACCAACAAAGCAAUUAACUUCGCAUCUUAAAGAAAAGGAAAUUACUCAGCAACGGGUGGUUCAGACGCCAGUGCGGUGGCAUUUUCUCCGGAGACAGGUGUCCAGUCGGGCGGCAGAGGUGGGAGAGGAGGGUAGAAGGUCGGUCCUCGGCGGCGGAUGUCCCAAGGUUGGGACUUUUUCGGCCGAGUCUUGUUGUGGUGGGCUGUCGACUUCUUCUUCGGCCGAGACGAGCACUCUAUCUUCAGUCCUCCCACACCGCCGAUGCCGCUCAGAGCCGGUAAAGACACGGCAGGGACUCCGACAGGUGGCGGAGGAGAGCGGUGGAGCACCGCCAUCCUCGAAAUUCCUACGGCCGAGACUGACAUCGCUUUCUUCUUCUUCUGCUCUCCGUUACCGUUUACCGACCAUCCAUAGAUGAGGAGGAUAAAGUGAUGAUCAAGAUUCAGGGACAGGUAGCUAAAAUACGGCGUCGUUUUUAUAUUGGGCUUAUCGGCUAUUUGCCGUAUGGGCUUUUCCUAGGCCUUUUCAACCAUAAGAAGCGAGAGAUCCAAUUGCAGAACGAUCGAACCAAGGAAGAUGAAGCUGCUGGGAUGGUGGCUGAUGCUGGUGGGAACGCUCCGAUUAGCGUCGGUUUGGUUCGGGUUCUUCGACAUUUGGGCUCUUCGUCUCGCCGUCUUCUCGAAAACCACAAUGAGCGAAGUUCAUGGGAGGACGUUUGGAGUGUGGACAUUGUUGACCUGCACACUUUGUUAUCUUUGUGCUUUUAAUCUUGACAACCGGCCUUUGUAUUUGGCAACUUUCUUAUCUUUCAUCUAUGCCUUUGGUCAUUUCCUCUCUGAAUUUCUGCUUUAUCAGACCAUGGAGUUAAGAAACCUUAUAACCGUCGGCAUCUUUGCAGGAACAUCUAUGCUAUGGAUGCUGUUUCAAUGGGAUUCACAUAAACACGUGAAGACGAAGAAUGCUUAAAAUCAAUGUGGAGUUGUAGCCUUUCUCUUUGAUAUGAUUUGUAAAGGUUCAACUUUGAAGUUAGAAUCUAGUUCUUGUGAUAAUAGUGGCCAGAAAAUUUGUUUCAGCAAGUUAUGCUGAAACUUUAGAGCUUCAUUGUUCUUGACUGUUCUUGACUAUUCUGGGCAACUGAGCUCUUGUUGUGCUAUUCUUAAACAUGGUAUAAAAUUGAGAUAAUUUCAUGAAUUUUGUACGCUCAUUAGUAAGAAUAAAAUGUGUGUUA